CGCCAGAAAUUCAAACAAAGCGUAAACACCCCAGAGCAUAUAUAUCAAAAAUAAAGCUAGGCAACUCCAGCGCACUUUAGCUAAUCCCCACCAGAUGUCCGACUCCAUGUCGUCCGGAAAGAUAUUGCCACGUCGCCAGGCGAUUCCUGUGCUCUAUACACGCGGCACUCACUAUGAGGUUGGCUUCGAUAUGGGUCGCACUUUUGGCUCGAUGAUCAAGAACUUUCUGAUCAUAUCGCUGCCGCUAAACGAGACUUAUCUGCCAUUGUAUUGCACACCCAAAGGCAGGCAAAUCUAUAAUGAGACGCUGGAGUCGGUCAAGUGCAGCUUCCCGCAAUAUGUGCGCGAAUUGGAGGGCGUAGCCGAUGGCGCUGAGGUGGAGUUCCAUAAGCUGUUUCUGCUACACUUGGAGGAGAUACUGCCGCAAGCGCUGAAGCAUCAACCACGUAGCAAGAAUCAGCCCACAGGCUGCUCUUCCAUUAUUGUUAACCAAAAUCAUUGCCGUAUCCUGGGCCACACUGAGGAUGCACUGACAGAGACCUUAAACCAUUAUUACUUUGUGGUGGCGCAUGUGGUCAAUGACAAGCCGCAGGGCAAGUAUAAUGUCAAGGAGGAGCACUUUAUGUCGCUUUGCUAUGCGGGCACAUUGCCUGGCUACACCAUGAGCCACAAUCAACAUGGUCUGGUGUUUAGCAUUAACACAAUAAGCGCCGAGGUGCUGCGCAGCGCCAAAACACCCAGACAAUUUAUUACACGCGCCCUACUGGCCACAAGCAACGUGGACGAUGCCUUUCGAGUGCUCAAGGAUUGCGGCAUUGGCGCUGCAAAUGCAUGUUCCAUUAACAUGACAUUCUUGGGUGAUCCAAGGCAGAUGUGCUAUAAUAUUGAAAUGGCGCCCCAUCCAGAAAGAAAAAAUGAAUCUUUUCUUAGUAUCAAGGAAAUUCCAUUGGGUGCACACAAUUAUCAUACUAAUCAAUUUGAUCGUAUCAACAUGGAUCAAUCCAACGACCUUAUGAUUGACUCGAGCAUCUCGCGCAUGCGCACCUUUAGCACUUACAAGCCGCCGGCCAGCGAGCAGGAUGUGCGUAAUAUGCUUGGCGAUGACUCCGAUGGUUGCCACUGUGUUUGGCGUGAGAACGGUUCACCCGAUGAGGAGGUCAAGACCAUUGCUGUGGGUAUUUUUGAUCUGAAUGGCAAAACCUUUUCGCUUUACUCGGAUAACCCCAGUCGAACGGAGCCGCAUUGCAAGCUGCCCCUGCUUUACAAGUAGUACCAUUGCAGCUGAACAAUUUAUAACUCUUUUUUUUUAUGCUUGCAAAAGUGAAUUAUCCAUAUGUGUAUAUGUUAAAAAGUUAUUAA